AUGGGUAUCGAAGAGCUUAAAGGCAAAAAUACCUCCCAGGAUGUCGAACGGCUAGAAUUCACUCAUGGAGAGGGCGUUGUCGAGCAAAUACAGCUCAAAGGCCUGAAUCUCCAAGGGGAUGUGGGAAGACAAAUGACAAACCUGGAGACUAUAUCAGCAAGUUGGGUUAUAUGCGACAGCUGGGCCGGAAUAGCGGGCACAAUAUCUCUCGCAAUUGCCCAAGGUGGCCCGGUCACUUUGGUCUAUGGACCCAUUCUUAUCCUCAUUUUGGUUGGUUGUUGUGCUCUUACCCUUGCUGAGCUUGCUAGCGUUUAUCCUACUGCGGGCGGGCAAUAUCACUGGACUUCUAUCUUGGCUCCCAAGUCCAUGAAUCGGUCUUUGAGUUACUUCUGUGGCAUGACAAAUGCCUUCUCGUGGAUAGCAAUUUGCACCGGAAUUGCCAUUAUCCCCGCUCAGCUCAUAGUUGGAAUCGCCUUGUUCUACAACCCGACUUACGCCCCGCAGGCAUGGCAUUAUUUCCUGAUCUAUCAAGCCAUAAACGGGCUUGUGUUAUUAUACAACAUAACAUUGCUGAAACGGUCACUUUGGAUCCAUGAUGUUGCAUUCUUUGCGACCCUCGCCAGCUUCUUUGUCAUUACUAUUACAUGCGUCGCUCGGUCAUCUUCGAAUUACCAGCCCUCCGUCAGUGUUUGGGGGACCUUCGUCAAUGAUAGUGGUUGGAGUUCUGGGGGCGUUGCCUUCUUGACCAGUCUUGUCACUCCUAACUAUAUGUACGCCGGCAUCGACGGCGCAUUGCACUUGGCUGAGGAAUGCAAAAAUGCGAACACGGUGGUUCCUCGAGCUUUGAUGAGUACAUUGCUUAUUGGAUUCGUCUCAUCGUUCACAUUCAUGGUUGCCAUGCUAUAUUGCACCAGUGAUUUGGAUGCUGUGGUGUCAUCUGCUACCGGGGUACCUAUUUUCGAGAUGUGGUACCAGGCUACGCGGUCGGAUGUGGCCGCUACAGUAUUCGUCGUUUUACUUUGCUGCGCCGCCGUAUUCGCCCUCAUUGGUGCUCAACAAACUGCUUCUCGCUUAACAUGGUCGCUGGCUAGAGACCGUGCCAUUAUCGGCAGCAAAUGGCUUAGCGAAAUACAUACGAUGUUCGAAGUACCCAUAUGGAGCCUCUUCUUCAACUUCGUCAUCAUGUUCAUCAUUGGGUGUAUUUACUUGGGUUCCUCAUCUGCCUUCAAUGCGUUUAUUGGCAGUGGUCUGGUACUCCAGCACAUCUCCUAUGCGAUUCCAGCUGCCCUUCUCAUGUAUCGCAAGCGCUCCGAGAUGUGGUUGCCUCGAGAUCGCAGCUUUCGACUACCGUCAGUGGCGGGAUGGAGUGUAAAUGCCAUCACGAUUGCAUUCGCAAUUCUUGUCCUGAUUUUCUACGACUUUCCGACUGUUCUCCCGGUGACAGGAAGCAACAUGAACUACACAUCGGCUGUACUAGGGGUGAUGGCCAUAUUUGCUGGAAUAAACUGGGGAAUCUAUGCUCGAGGAAAGUACAAUGGGCCCCGGCUGCAGUUAAACGAUGGAGAGAUAUAUCAAUCGCCUAACGUGCGACGUUCCACCAAUCCCAUCUUCGUCGGUAACCCUUCCCCGCAUUUACUCAGCAAGGUUCCCAUCUCAAUUCUCACUUCUCUUCUCCAAAAAUCUCCAACAAUAUCAUCACCCCAACCCACGUGCAAGAAGUGUCAGAAGAAGGGAAUUGAAUGCUCUGGCCCUGGUCGGAUUCGCUUUUCCACUGGUGUGGCCCAACGUGGUCGAUUAAAAGGAUUCACCAUUCCAGUGGUGGAUCCAUCGCCCGAGCCGACCCUCGAAAGCGAUAUACAGGCUACGCCGGUGCCACGUGAAAUCAGAUGGAAAAACGACCAGCCGGCACGUACCACGAGGAAAAAUGUGAAACGCGCAGGAGCUGGUCCAUGCACGCGUCAAGCAACAAAUAUCUCUAUCCCGAGCAAUGGGGACACGAUACCAUGUGCUGAAACAGUCGAUCUGCGACAAUAUGACCCCGAUGACAUUGAUGAAGAUGUUGAUCGCCUUUCUCAUAAGGCCCCUAUUUCUGUGACCGGGUCAAUCCACCAAUGGCUUGCCCCUUUGAAUUCUCAAACCCGCAUGUUGAUGUCACAUUUCUCGGAGCAGGUCGCUCCUGUGAUGGUUCUUUUGGAUCAUAUUUCCAACGGGUAUCGCAAUAUUCUACUGCCCCUAGCGUGCGAAGAUGAGCUCGUGCAACGCGCUGUGGGCGUGGUUGCAGCACAGCACUUGGCCUUACAUAGCCCAUCCUAUCAAUCCUUUGCCGAUCAAGGCCGGGCUACAUUGAUAUCUCGGUUGUGCCGAGACUCAACGUCUCCGGAUCGCGUGUUCACCACGUCUACGUGGGCGACUCUGAUUGUUCUACUAGUUGGAGAGACCAUCACAGGCAGCUCGGAAUAUGCGCACCUUCUGCGGACCCUGACGUAUCUGGUACAAAAUGCUGAUCAAAUUGCACCCUCUUCUGCGCGCCAGUUUCUUAGCCAACAAACUCACAUGUUUGAAUUUCUCGGCCAACCCUUACUCGGCGAACCUCAAGGCGUGGAUGUAUUAAGCCUCCCGCUUGAGCACUACCUAGACUGGACGUGUUAUGAUCUCCCUCCGGACUCUGAACACAACCAUAUGCUCCGUCUCUCAAGGAUGGCUUUUAUCAAGGCUUCUCAGAUCUAUCUCGGCCGAGUGGCGUCUAAUGACGACCAGUGGCAGCUCUUGGAAAGUCUGAAGGAGUUAGUUUCUCAGAUCGAACCCAAUCAGAUGGGCUCACAUGCCCUUGUGUGGGUCUGCUUCAUUGCGGCGGCAGAUAGUACAGACCCGGGGCAUCGAUCUUUUUUUGUCGAUCGGAUGAACCUUAUCUUCGCCAAAGUCAAGUUCCACAACAUCCCUGCAGGCGUGCAAGCGCUUCCUGCUAUCUGGUCCCAACAAGGCUCGUCGCGUUGGACGAAAAAUCUUUCACGGCUUGCCCCUAUAUUAAUUAUGUGA